CCGGAGACCACUCUGGUGCAGGGGCCGGGGGUCUCCUGGGUCCACCCGGACGGGGUGGGCGUGCAGAUCGACACCAUCACCCCGGAGAUCCGGGCUCUCUACAACGUAUUGGCCAAGGUGAAGAGGGAGCGCGACGAGUACAAGCGCAGAUGGGAAGAGGAGUACACGGUGCGUGUCCAGCUUCAGGACCGAGUGACUGAGCUGCAGGAGGAAGCCCAGGAGGCUGAAGCCUGCCAGGAGGAGCUGGCCAUGAAGGUGGAGCAGCUCAAGGAAGAGCUUGUUGUCUUCAAGGGACUGAUGAGCAAUAACAUCACGGAGCUGGACACCAAGAUCCAGGAGAAGGCCAUGAAGGUGGACAUGGACAUCUGCCGGCGCAUUGACAUCACUGCCAAGCUGUGCGACGUGGCACAGCAGCGGAACUGUGAGGACAUGAUCAAGAUGUUUCAGAAGCAACUGGUCCCAGCCUCUGUGGGGCGGAAGCGGGAGCGCAAGCAGGUCAGCGAUGAAGACACCUCACUGUCGGAGAGCGAUGCCUCCCGAAAACCUGAAGAGGAAGAGGAGGAUGAAACCACAGCCAUGAGUAUCAAUGAGGAAAUGCAGAGGAUGCUGAACCAGCUGAGGGAAUAUGACUUUGAGGAUGACUGUGACAGCCUCACAUGGGAGGAGACAGAAGAAACACUGCUCCUCUGGGAGGACUUCUCUGGAUAUGCCAUUGCAGCUGCAGAGGUGCAGGGGGAGCAGGAUGACAGCCUGGAGAAAGUGAUCAAGGACACGGAGUCGCUGUUCAAGAGCCGUGAGAAGGAGUACCAGGAAACCAUCGACCAAAUAGAGCUGGAGCUGGCCACAGCCAAGAAUGACAUGAAUCGGCACCUGCAUGAGUACAUGGAAAUGUGCAGCAUGAAGCGAGGCUUGGAUGUGCAGAUGGAGACUUGCCGGCGGCUCAUCACCCAGUCUGGGGACAGAAAGUCUCCUGCCUUCACCCCAGCCUCCAACAGUGAGUCGGCCCCGAACGAGGAGAGCGAGGAGUCUGACCGCGACCCUCCCAGUGAUGCUUCCAUCAGAUAAUGAGGGGAGGCCCUGCUCCCUCAGACCCCAUUCCCGGCACGGGGGUGCCAGAACCACGCCUGGGAGAGACUGUCUGGGACGUGGAGCUGCUGGUAAACGUCUGUUGCCAAGGCUCACUCCCAUUGUGGGGUGCUUGGCAACCCCUUCUGCCACCAGAUGUCUUGCAAAUGGGAAUAGCUAGAUAGACCUGGGGGCCCUUGCUCAGGCUGCUCAGCCUCCAGCUCCUUCUCUAUUCCCUUUCCCUGCUUUGGUUAAACCACAGUUUGGGUGGGGAGGCUCAAAACCUGCCAUGGCGUCGUUCUCCAGGACCUGUGCCUGGGCCCCCCAUACCCAUCUCCU